AUGGCUGGAAAUUUUCUUCUGGAUGUCAACAAGAAUGUUAGAGCUCAAUCCAUUUGGUGGCGCGACAUCUUAAGGAUAGGAGGUGAAGAGAGCGGGGGUUGGUUCAAAUCCAACAUGUGCAAUGUAUUAGGAUCCGGCAAUCUUAUCCGUUUUUGGCAAGAAAGAUGGUUGGGUCAUGAAAGUUUCAUGAAUUUAUUCCCUCAAUUGUAUGCAAAAUCGUUGCAACCUGAUGCUCCUAUAGCUGCUUUCGGUUCUUGGAGUGAUGAUAUUUGGACUUGGAGUUUUGAUUGGGCUGUGGAGCUAGCGCGGGAUGAUAUGGAUGCUGCAACUGAGAUGUCGAUUUUGUUAGCAGAUAUUAGGCCUAAGAAGGAAUGCUUGGAUCAUCGAAAAUGGCUCAUGAACCAUGCCGGUAUGUUUACGGUAAAAUCAGCAUAUUGUUUCUUGCAAAACCGUGAUUCAUUUUUGACUAUUAAUAGUAAUGUGGUGGAUGCGCUGCAAGAUUUAUGGAUGAACGAUGUACCGUCUAAAGUGAACAUAUUUGGAUGGAGAUUGCUAUUAGCACGACUUCCGACCCGUAUGGCUUUGGUAAGAAAAGGAAUUAUCAAUAAUUCACGUGAGUUUUGUUGCGUGUUUUGCUUUAGAGAAGAAGAAGACAUAGAUCAUUUAUUUUUUAAUUGCUCUGUCUCAAUUCAAGUUUGGAAGAAAAUUUAUAAGUGGAUGGAUGUGGAUUUCAUCCCCUUUGAGGAAGGGUGGAAGCACUUCAUAUCUUUUGGUGAUUCGGUGAUGAGUAAGAGACUUGCUAAAACUCGUCAUGUCAUUUGGUUAGCAACUACUUGGAGCAUAUGGCGUACUCGGAAUAAUAUUGUGUUUCGAGGAGAUGUGUUUAAUUUGGAUGCUUUGAUAGAUCAAAUUAUCUUUAUUUCUUGGUUUUGUUUUAUAGGUCGUUUGGGAGUUAAUACUUCUUUUGUAUUUUCUUAUUGGUGUAACGAUCCGUUAGUUUGCAUUGAUAACAUCUAA